AUAACAAUUUAAUUUAAUUAAUAGUAAGUGUAAUGAUUGAAACAGGUCUGUAGUCGAUAACGUCGACCAAUGACAGCACCGCCGGAUCACCGGCGAUGCUCUCAUUGGCUGACAAGGAGGACGCUUGGCUGGCGAAGGUUGAGCGUGGGCGCACUUCAGUAAUGGCGAACAGACAGGCUUGUUUUAACCAUAGAACACUAACGAUAAUAAUAUUGAAUACUAAUAAUCUGAAAAACUAGUACUUAACGGUCACUAUGGACACUGGGUCUCAUGGUCGAGUACUCUACACUCCCACGAGCCGUACACGUUCGACCCACCAACGGUCGCGCAGUAGAGACAGGCGGCGGACGAGCAGCCGGGCACCACGGCGGUCGCGCAGCCGUACUAGUAGGCGCUCGCGGGGUCGUGUCAGUCGCUGCUCUCCGGACGAAGACCAACCUCAGCGGGGCCAGAGACAGAGCCGCCGCCCUAGCAGUCAACGGUCGCGCACCCGUCGGAUGCAGAGCCACGCGCGCGGCAGUGCAGACAACGGCGCUCAGCGGGCCCAUGCGAGCAGCAACCGGGACAACCACACUCAGCGGGGUCAUGCGAGCAGCAACCGGGACAACGGCACUCAGCGGGGCCAUGCGAGCAGCAACCGGAAUGACUGCGCUCAGCGGGGCCGUGUGAGCAUCGACCGGGACAGCGGCGCUUGGCGAGGCCAUGUCAGCAACAACCGGGACAACGUCGCACAGCGGGGCCGCGUGCGCAGUGGCAAUGGCUGGGUCACCGGCGCUCGCCAGAGUAGCGGAGACGGCAACCUGCACAUCGCUCUGAUGUCGUCGAGUCACCGCUCGCGAAGCCGGACAAGGCGGUCGCAGAGCCGGCGCAGCCACCGAUCGCGCCGCUUGACACCCCGGCGAAGCAACUCUAGCGAGCAGGGGACAAGUAACCGCAACGAGCAACGAGCACAGAAUACGGGUGAGGUGUUUACUGACAAUUCCAUCGCUGAGUUAGUAUCUGCCUUAAAGUCAUUUAAGGUCCCUAAUGACGGCUUAGGCAAACUCUCCUUAAAUAAUACCGUACCUGAAUUCGAUCCAUGUAAAAAAGAACAGACUAUGACGAUGUGGCUACAUAAGCCUCAGGGUACUAUCAAGUUCCUAUACGGGAAGAGGACAGGCAUAAGACUGGAUUCGUAA